AUGACGACAGAGAUACAAGUUCUUCCGGAUGAAAUAUUUCUGACGAUUUGCCGUUAUAUGUCAUCAACUGAUGUAUUGAAAUCAUUUUACAAUUUAAACACUCGUUACAACUGUACCUUAACAGAAUAUCGACAAAACGUGGAUUUAUCAAAAACUUCUUACAAUGAUUUUAUCUAUCUAUGUUGUAAUAUUCUUCCAUCAUUAGCAUCACAAAUUAUAUCGUUACGACUAGAUAAUCAAUAUGCAGGUAGCCAGUUGAAAUUAUUUGACGGUUAUUUUAGAAGUAAAUAUCAAAUAUUUGUAAAAUUGAAAUCAUUGAAACUUGUUAAUUGUAGUACCGAUGAAUUAAAAUUAUUUAUCGGGAAAAUGAAAAAGUUAAAAUCAUUAAUUGAACUCGAUAUUAUAUCGAAUGAUCUGUAUGAGACGGAAUUUUUGACAAACUUUUUAUUUUCAAAACAACAUCACAUUGAAAAGUUAUCGAUAAAACCACAUUUUUCUUCCCAAACUUAUUCUUCUAUGAAUUUUAUCUAUCCGACAAACACUAAUCUGCACUGGUUUGAUAUAAACUAUUUUUAUUUAUGGUCUUGUCCUUGUGUUACACUAACGAAUUUAACAAUAUCAUUAAAAUCAUUUUUCAACAUUCAUGUGUUACUUGAUAUUUUACCAAAUAUUAAAUAUCUAAAGGUUUGUACUGUAUGUAAAUCAGCCGACGAAAAAUGUGAUAAAAGCCUAUUUUCAAAUUCAUUAUUAACGACUUUUUGUUUAAAGUUAUCUGCCGAUUAUCCACUGUUAUUUGAGAUGGAUAAUUUAGAAGAGUUAUUAUCAUAUUUGCCUAUGGUUAUGUCUUUAUCACUUGAUCUCUUCGUAAAGGAUGAUUCAUUUAUUGAUAGUGAACGUUGGCAAAGUUUUUUAUCGUCAAAAUUAAAACAUUUAACGACCUUUAAUUUAAGUGUUCACUUAAAUUGUAUACAAAACAUAAACUCUAUUCAUUUCAACAGACUUUUGGAACCAUAUUCAAUAAACUAUUGGGUAAAAGAAAAAAAAUGGUUUUUUUGCUGUCGCCGGUAUUAUUAUGGAUUUCAUUUGUUUACAAUACCCUACGCUUUUAAAAAACUUGAUAUGGGGAGACAAAGAAAUUGGGACGAAAAUACAGGUGAAAAACAGAAUUGUCCUCUAUUUACAACAAAUUCGACAAGCGAAUGUUAUUCAAAAGUUCAUGAUUUAAUUAUUGACGAGUGCACGACGUCAUCAAUUUCAUCCUUUUUGUCGUUAAUUGUACAAUUUUAUAAUGUUAGAUAUCUGGGAUUAUGUGAUGGUGAUUUUAAUACAUUAGACGCAUAUACCGGAAAUAUGAAACUGCUGAAAUUAACAAAAAUAUCUUACACGGGGUGUUACAAUAAGAGUCUGUUAAAAGAAUUACUGAAUAUUUCACCAAACAUAAGAGAACUAGUAAUGGGUUUUGAUGACUUUAAAGAAUUUAUCGACGACGUGACUUCUAACAAUGAUAAACAUAUAAUAAGAUUAUUGGAAUGUAUUCAAACAUUAGAAUUAUAUUUAAUAUUUCCAUGUUAUAUCGAUGAUUCUAAUUUUGAUAAAUUUGAUCUGAAAGAAGUCUUAGAUAUGUUGCCGAAUGUUAAGUAUUUAUUUUUUGAUAUGUGUGGUGUUGAAACACAUAAAGGAAAUUUACUUCCAUUCAUAAUUACCGAAGCCAAACAGUUGAUAUGCAUCAAGUGUCUAAAUGUUGAGAAAACAAUCUCGAAACGUUUUAAGCGCGAUCCAAAAUUAUGGCUCAUGGAUUACACAUCCUUACGAAAUAAACAGGAAUCGCAAUUUCAUGUGGACUAUGAUGAAAAACAUUUGAGUAUUUGUGGGUGGAAAAAGAAAAUUGAACAUGAACAUUAUGCAAAAGCACUUGAAAUUGUAUUUAUCACUGGUACGGUCAUUUUAAAAAGAGCAUCUUCUGAAAGAUGGGUGGAUAAUUAUAAUGAAAAAUGUGUGAGAAAUUGGCAAGCUAAUUUAGACGUUCAGUACGUAAUGAACGCUUAUGCAUGUGAAAAAUAUGGUGAGGUUUGUGUUCAAGAAGCUAUUUACAGAGUAUCUAGUAGGCGUUUAAAAGAGAGUAGGAGAAAAGUAGAAUUUAUUCCUACAGAUAGAGACUGUUUCCGUUUAGCUAAACCAAUGAGUUAUCUGAAAAAGUUAGUUGAAGAAGGAAAAGAUGAAAAUGCUGAUAUUAUUUGCAGUAAUUUUGUUGAUAAAUAUUUUGAUAUACCUGAUGAUCCUGUUUUUGAUAUAUGUCUAGCUGAUUUCGUUUCUAAAUAUCGUAUAAUAAAUAAAAAGUCCGUUAAUCCUAAAUCACGAAUGAAAACAUGGUUUCUUAAAGCAUUAGAUUUUGGAAUAAGAGCUAGGAUAGAGAAACCAGCUGUUAUAUGA